CUUCAGCGACAAUCGACUGCUUUAGCCUGACUGUAGAUUUCGGUUGCUGUUUUGUUGUGUAGCUAUCAAAAACAUCAAAUCAUGUCCAGCGAGACGGCAUUAAAGUAAUGUCUUUGUCCUGAACACUGGAUUUGAAAGCUAUCUCGUUAAUCUGUUGUGCAUACUGGUAACGUCUGUGACUGUGGGGGCAGGUUUUUCGCGUUUUGCCUCGCAGUGUAUUUGUGCUUAUCCGAGGCCUUGCCGCAACAACAACCGCUCGCAAAGUCUGACAUAACCGUCCGGGAUUUCAUGUUGAAGUUGUCAGGUUUCUGCUCUAAGUCUAGUGUUUUCCCGUCGGAACAUGGACACUGAUAAAUUCAACUAUGCCUACAGCUGUGACUUGGACAUCAACGUUCAACUUAAGAUAGGCAGUUUAGAAGGAAAACGGGAGCAGAAGAGCUACAAAGCGCUGCUGGAAGACCCCAUGCUGCGCUUCUCUGGGCUCUACCUUGAGAACUGCUCAGACCUAUACGUUACCUGUCAGGUGUUUGCUGAAGGAAAGCCUCUUGCACUGCCAGUUCGUACCUCAUAUAAGCCCUUCAGCACACGCUGGAACUGGAAUGAGUGGCUGCGGCUGCCCGUCAAGUACCCAGACCUUCCACAGAGUGCCCAGGUAGCUCUCACAGUUUGGGACAUCUAUGGGCCCGGCAGAGCUGUUCCUGUUGGGGGCACCACUGUUACUCUCUUUGGCAAAUAUGGUAUGUUUCGGCAAGGGAUGCAUGACUUGAAGGUUUGGCCUGGUGUGGAGGGAGAUGGAGGGGAGCCCACUACCACACCAGGACGCACCAGCAGCAGUCUGUCAGAGGACCAGAUGGGCAGACUUGCCAAGGGCCCUGACCUGGAGGUACUCAGUCAUCUGACGAAGGCCCAUCGACAGGGCCACAUGGUGAAGGUGGACUGGCUGGACCGGCUGACCUUCAGAGAGAUUGAAAUGAUCAAUGAGACUGAGAAACGCAACUCAAACUUCAUGUACCUCAUGGUCGAGUUCCCCAGAGUCAAAACAAAUGACAAGGAAUACAGUAUUGUAUAUUAUGAAAAGGAUGGAGAUGACACAUCACCUGUUCUGACCAGCUGCGACAUUGUUAAAGUUCCUGACCCACAGAUGGGGAUGGAGAACCUGGUGGAGAGCAAGCAUCACAAACUGGCUCGUAGCCUCCGCAGUGGGCCCUCAGACCACGACCUGAAGCCCAACGCUGCUACACGUGAUCAGCUCAAUAUCAUUGUGAGCUACCCUCCAACCAAGCAGCUGAGCUCUGAGGAACAGGACCUGGUGUGGAAGUUCAGAUACUACCUCACCACACAGGAGAAGGCGUUGACUAAGUUCCUCAAGUGUGUGAACUGGGAUCUGCCCCAGGAGGCCAAACAGGCCCUGGAGCUUCUGGGGAAGUGGAGGCCAAUGGACGUGGAGGACUCCUUAGAGCUGCUGUCCUCGCAGUUCACCAACCCGACUGUCCGACGCUAUGCGGUAGCACGUCUGCAGCAGGCAGACGAUGAGGACCUGCUGAUGUAUCUUCUGCAGCUGGUCCAGGCUCUCAAAUAUGAAAACUUCAGUGACAUUCAGGGAGGCCUGGAUCCAGGCAGCAAAAGAGAAAUCCAGGGACUUUCAGAUGAUUCCAUGCUGGACAGUUCUCAGAUCAUUUCUGGCACACCUGGACCCUCCUCCACUCCACAGAAAGGCAAGGAUGGAGCCGACAGUGAGAAUCUCGAGCAAGAUCUGUGUACAUUCCUCAUCUCACGUGCUUGCAAGAAUUCAACACUUGCCAACUAUUUGUACUGGUAUGUGAUUGUGGAGUGCGAGGAUCAGGACACUCAUCUGAGAGAUCCGAAGAUUCACGAGAUGUACCUGAAUGUGAUGAGGAGAUUCAGCCAGGCUCUGCUGAAGGGGGAUAAGAGCGUGAAGGUGAUGCGGUCCCUGCUGGCUGCGCAGCAGACGUUUGUGGACAGACUAGUGCAGCUCAUGAAGGCCGUCCAAAGAGAGAGCGGGAACCGCAAGAAGAAGACGGAGCGGCUGCAGGCUUUGCUGGCUGACAAUGAGAAGGUGAAUCUCUCUGAGAUUGAGCCGAUUCCUCUUCCUCUGGAGCCUCAGAUCAGGAUAAGAGGCAUCGUACCUGAGACAGCAACACUAUUCAAGAGUGCUCUGAUGCCAGCAAAGCUGAUCUUUAAAACAGAGGAGGGGUUCAUGUAUCCAGUCAUCUUUAAACAUGGAGACGACCUGAGGCAGGACCAGCUGAUCCUGCAGAUCAUCUCGCUCAUGGACAAACUUCUAAGAAAAGAGAAUUUGGACCUGAAAUUAACGCCGUACAAGGUUUUAGCCACCAGCACUAAACAUGGUUUUAUGCAGUUCGUCCAGUCUGUUCCUGUUGCCGAAGUCCUGGCCACUGAAGGCAACAUCCAGAGUUUCUUCAGGAAACAUGCCCCAAGCGAAAAAGGUCCCUACGGCAUCAGCUCAGAGGUGAUGGACACCUACGUCAAGAGCUGUGCUGGAUACUGUGUCAUCACAUACAUCCUGGGAGUAGGAGACAGACAUUUGGACAACUUGCUGCUGACAAAGACUGGGAAGCUUUUCCACAUCGACUUCGGUUACAUCCUGGGCAGAGACCCCAAACCCCUGCCUCCACCCAUGAAGCUGAGUAAAGAGAUGGUGGAGGGGAUGGGAGGCAUGCAGAGCGAGCAGUACCAGGAGUUCAGGAAGCAGUGCUACACCGCCUUCCUGCACCUCAGGAGGUACUCCAACCUGAUCCUGAAUCUGUUCUCCCUAAUGGUGGACGCCAAUAUUCCUGACAUCGCUUUGGAGCCCGACAAGACCGUUAAGAAGGUACAAGACAAGUUCAGACUGGACUUAUCCGAUGAGGAGGCGGUUCAUUACAUGCAGAGUCUGAUUGAUGAGAGCGUGGGUGCGCUGUUUGCUGCUGUGGUGGAGCAGAUACACAAGUUUGCACAGUACUGGCGAAGAUGAGACGAGCAUGAACUGGAUGAAGCUUGUUGACCUGACUGGUGCGUGCGUGCGAGAGAGAAUGAAGUAAAGAAACCCAGCGACACUGUUUAAAGGCCAAGAUUGCACUGCCAACUUUACUGCAAGAUGGCUAAACAAGGAGAACCUCCUUGUUUGCUUAUGUAUAUAUUCUGUAUAUUAAUGAAUGAAUGAAUGACUGUGAGGCCAAAUAAUAAAACUGUUGAUACAACUAAA